UCCUGUUGCCCUCUACCGGUGAAAAUAUGAACCAUUUUCUCUGUAGCGAUAAAAAUUUUUUCAUUGUCUCCAUUUUGAUCAUGAGUUAUUUUGAAUUGUUUGUCAUUAUGGUUAUAAGAUGUCGAAUGAUGAUGAAUUUUUGAGUCAGGAAUGUUAUGUGUAUUUAUCUCGAGUACAAAGUAGUGAACAAGCACCAAGAACAACCCGGUCUAAACGAACUAUCAUUGAGCCCAUUGAUUCUGAAAGUGGAAGUGAAUCUAGUUUUAUAACCAAAUCGCCAGCAUCUAACAAUAAUAGAAUGUCAAGAAUGUCUAGGAAGCGAGGAAGUGGAGAAGUUGAAGAGCCUGUUUCUCAUACUAACAAGGCUAAAGGUGGACCCUUGAGUAUGAAAAAAGUAAAAUUCGGUAUCAACUAUGACCCUGACAAGGACAAUUUAUCUUUUAUACCCGUUAAUCCUAACCGGUACACCACAAUUUCUGUCAUAAUCCCGCCAACUUAUUCAGACGCCGUCUCUGAUUGCUGUCUUUUCCCGUUGACCAAAGUCCAAUCAAAGAAAAUUAAUGUGGAUAAUUACUGUGUACUCCUACGCUUAGCUUACUUUAAUAAGCAAGACGGUGAUUAUGAAGAUAUCUUCGAUUACGGGAUGAAUAUCCGAAUUAAUGAUGUUGCAUUACCCUUAACGGCUCCGACUGCAGAUGAUCCUAAUGCUCCUUUAGAUGGACCUGCUGACAUUACACGAUAUCUCAUUGCAGAAGGAGUUAGUAUUGAAAAGGUCAGAAUUUCCUUCGAAGGACAAGCAAAGCCUCACAUUUUCUCAGUAGUUUAUUGUAAAAAGAAGCAAGAAGAGUUACCAUUUGUCCUUUUACGAUACAUGGAGCCAAACCAAACAUUCAAACUUGCUCACCGAGUCAAUGAAAGAUUCAUGUCCGAUAUGAAUAAGAUUUUCCGUAAAGUUUUCACUCUCAUGGAUCCCAUUUCUAAGCAGCGUAUCAAUAUACCAGUUCGUGGUCAAAAUUGUAACCAUGUCGAAUGUUUCGAUAAGGAUUCUUUCCUCCGCUCAAAUCGACGUAAAUUAGAAUGGGCAUGUCCGAUUUGCUCUCAAAAAAUUAAAGAAGAUCAACUAAUUGUUGAUGGUCUUUUCUCUUCCAUCAUUGCCAAAACAUUCACUACUUGUACUGCUACUGAACUUGAUUCUCAAGGUGGAUGGUCACCCGUUUACCAUAACAAAGUAUUCCGAGUUCGAACAGUUGAUCUUGAAAAUGACGUAAGCGAAGGAGAUGAAGAGGAAGAAGAAGAAGAAGAGAUGAAAUCUCCCGAAGGACCAUUAUCUCCGGUUGAUGUUCCACCCGAACCAGAAGAACCAGAAAUAGUUAACAAUACAAAUGAAUUUUCUGUUAUGAACGGAGGAGGCGAUGAAAUGAGUGUCACUAAGGAAGCUGAAAGUCAAACUCCCGGUCCAAAUUGGAGUCACAAUUUCGAAGUGGAAAAAGGUGACUCAUCUAUGGAUGCUAAUGAGCAAAGUCGACAUGAAACCGAUUUCGGAGACUCUGAUGAUCGUAAUAUCACCAAUGAACCAGAAAAUUCUUCUAUACAAUCAACGGUUAUCCAACGAAUUGAAGAUGAUCAUGAUACAGCUUCUCGAGAACAAGAGAUGGAAGAAGCUGAUUAAGAGCCAAUGUCAUUUUUUCUCGAAAAAUUCAUUCCCGUUUUUUUCCUCCAAUACUUUUUAACUUUACUCUUGAAUUACCCAUUUAUCCAGACCCAUAUCAUCAUUUAUUCAAACCCUUUCUUACUAAUGAAAACGAUUUCUGGUCAGUCCGAUGAACUCACUAAAUCCCUUUUCAUACGAAUAUCAAACUAAAUAUUUCAAUCUAAAUGUUUUCUUAUCCAACAAAACUGAUCCUUAAAAGAAAAACAUUUCUAGACAAUUUUUCUCCAUAAACAAAAAAAUAAACAUUCGACUACCGAACUGUAAUUGGUCUCAA